AUGUCAUCUGCAUCCUGGACAGCUGCUUCGGCAGGUGACGCCCAGCACCAGUCGGUUCAUGCUGUCGGGGGCUCCAGUAGAAGCCAGUUGGUGCACCGAAGGCACGGUGGUUCUCCAAGGGCAUCUCCAGUGAUUGACCUCAACGAGGCCUGUGAGCCGGGUUAUGAGGAGAUGGAAAUCGAAGAGCACCAUGGUUACAGGGCCCCUCUAGGCUUCAACAAGUCAAAGAGGUAUCUGAUGGAAGGUGAUGCUGCUGCCGGCCCAAGCCAGGUGGGAAUGCCUGUGUUCUGGGAUGUCCAGAACCCAGCAGGGCGAUCUGGGAAGAGGAAGAUCUCAUGGCAGCAUCAGUUGGCCCUGAGAGUAUAG